ACUCGGUACUCGCAACUAGAUUUAGUUGCAAACUGGUGCUUGUCACGCUCGGAAGAUUCAGAGUAUUCAGGAAGUAUGGAAAUGGAGCUGGCCAUCGUGGCGUCGCUAAUCUCCUUGGCGAUGGGACAGAUUCCACCGGAGAAGUCGUGUACUAAAUACUUCCAAUAUGUGAACAGUUCUCUCGGUCUUCAAGGCGAGAUCACGCUGCCCACUUUGAAGCAGGGUCACAAUCGCAUCGACUUGGUUUUCUCUCAGAUGGGUGAUCAAGAUGACACCUCCGUGGGUCAGCUGAAACCGUAUCCGGAUGAGAAAGGAACUCAAUUGAGCACCGGGCCCUAUAAGUUUCGGAUAGCCCUCAAACACAGUCCGACCCAUGGAUUGCCCAAGUUGGGGCUACUCUCUUACAACGAUCAGCCGCUCUGCUCGAGCGACGAAUGUGAGUUUUUAGAUCUGGAAUACGUUCUAUACGUAACCUACUACACUCGGUCCUAUGAGUUUCUCAAAAAUGAAUCACUGGACAGUUCCCGUUCAUCACCAAUAGUUUGCGGCAGACAGGGCAACAUAGCUCCGCAUUUUGUGCAGGGCAAGAAAUUCCCCCUGGGACGAUAUCCCUGGCUUUCUGCCAUCUAUGACAAGGAAUCAGGCGCUCUUUUAUUCAAGUGCGUGGGAACUCUGAUCUCCGCCAGUGUGGUUAUAAGCGCCGCCCACUGUGUUUACCAGAAGCAGGAGAACAGCGUGGUCAUCGGAUUAGGUCUACAUGAUCUGAAUAAUUUCCCAGAAGUAGGGACCGAGCUGCGUAACGUAAAGCGACUGCAUUCCCAUCCGGAAGUCACAACCAUUCUUAAUUCCAAAGUGGAUAUCGCGCUGAUCACCAUGGAACGGCCAGUCACGUUCAACAACAUUAUAGCACCGAUUUGCUUGUGGUCGGCGGAGGCGAGCCGUACAGUGAGCACUGCGGGAGUCCUUGCGGGAUGGAAAAUACAUAGGGAUAGCUCUGAAAAGCAGUAUCCUUGGGUAAUAGAGGUGGAGAUCUUCAAUGCCACGGACUGUAUCCGCGCAAAUCCGAGUCUAAGCGACUUAGUGAAGGAGGAAAGCCUGUGCUCGGUAAAUAGCGAAGGAUCUGGUCCAUGUUUCGGCGGAGGACUGAUGGUCCAUCAGGGCGAUCGAUGGCUACUCCGGGGAAUUGCAUCUAGCGGGGAAUUCAAAGUCGACCACACAUGUAAUCGUCACCAGUACUGCGAUCUGUCUCACCAUAUUGACUGGAUAAACGAUAAUAUAACCUGAGCUCUGUAGUUUCCCAUGAAUAUUAAGUACAAUUCAAGUUUAAAUUUUAUUUAUAAAAUACAGUUGUUAUAAAUGUUAUAUUUAAAUAUAAAAUGUAUUCAAACAAA